GGUGCGUCUUUGCAGCGGGUGGAGUGUUGCAUUCCAAGAGCAGAUAGCUUAUGUUAUCCGGCCUCCUCUGCACUGCCUCUGCAUCCCGUUCCUAUCGCUCCUCCCACUCUAACUCUUCCUCCUCCGCCUCCUCCUGCCGCCUACUGCCUCGCUAGACAGGACUAUAGAUUGACCGGGACUAGCAAGCGGCGGAUGAACAGGUUUGCUCCGGCUGCGGCGAUGCUAAGACCGCAUCUUCUCCUCUUCUCGCCUGGAUUUUAAUCGAGCGGAGAAGAUAACACCCCACUUGCCAGAUAUAUCGGAUGCCCGUGUGCCCGCUGACCAGCGUUGUCAUUGGCUCGUUUUGAUUUUUGCUGGGUGUUUUGGCCUUUCCUGGCUAGCAGGCACUGCAGCAUCAGGACCGCAUGAAAUAGUAGGGCAUGAGGACCCAGAGGCGAUCCGAGCAGGCUUGAGUGCUUCCUUUGCUACCACUGCUGAGGUGCUUAUCUUCAUUUUUUUUCUCCUCCAGAAUAGGGUGUCUGGCGGUGGGGGGUGGCGGGGAGCGCGAGCACAGGUAUCCGGGCCCCUGCAGAGCAGAGCCGGGUGGUCUGGUGUGCAGAAGAAGGAAGCAGGACGUCCUGUGGGAAAGGAGCAGCACCAGCCUUGGCCUCCUGAUGGUGGCUAUUUUUGUCUCCCCUAGCUGAGUGACUGGGACAGCAGGUGCAAGAGAAGAUGCUUAUGGCCCGGGACACGGCACGAGAUGAGGCUCAAAAGCUGCACAGGAAGUGGCUGAAGCACCAGGCCUUCAUGGCAGAACUGGCCCGCAACAAGGAAUGGCUGGCCAAGAUAGAACAGGAGGGUCAGGACCUGAUCCAGGAGAAGCCUGAACUGCGCACAGUAGUGCAGCAGAAGCUGGAGGAGAUCAGAGAAUGCUGGUCGGACUUGGAGACCACCACCAAGGCCAAGGCUCGCCAGCUCUUUGAGAACAACAAGCCGGAGCCAGCAGUGAAGAACUAUUCGGACCUCGACAACCAGCUCUCCCACCUGGAGCAGCAGCCCCCACAACUGGAACAAGCUCACCAUCUGCCCACCUUCAAUGAGCAGCUCCAGAAGUUCCAGGCCAUGGAGUCUCAGUUUAGGGACCUUUACAAGGAUGUGGAGGAACUGGGCAGCUUGCCGGGGGUUUGCCUUCCCCAGCAGCGAGGUGUAAUGGCGGGCGACAAGGAGGGUGGUGAGCAGUCAGGCGUGGUGGAGACCCGCAUUGUGCGCCUGAUUGAACCGCUGAAGGAGAGACGCCGCAUCUUGCUGGCCUCCAAAGAGAUGCACCAAGUCGCCCAGGACCUGGAGGAUGAGAUGCUGUGGAUUCAAGAAAGACUUCCCCUGGCAUCUUGCAAAGAAUACGGAAGUAACCUCCAGAGUGUACAUCAGCAUGUAAAAAAGAACCAGACUCUUCAGAGGGAGUUGGCAGGUCGGCGAGCUCGUGUUGAGGAGGUUCUGGACAGAGCGGGAAUCAUCGCAUCGCUGCGCACUCCUGAGGUGGAGUUUGUGCGCGAAGGAGCUGGCCAUGUGCGGCAGCUGUGGGAGGUGUUUCAGAUGGAACUGGAAAGGCGGUCUGUGAUCCUGGAUGCAGCGCUGCAGGCUCAACAGUACUACAGCGAGGCAGUCAAAGUGGAGUCCUGGCUGGCAGGUCAGAAGCUCCAGCAGGUCAAUGAAGAAAAAGGCACGGAUGAGGCGAGCACCCUGCAGCUGUUGAAAACCCACCUGGCUCUGGAGCAAACUGUGGAAACAUAUGCAGAGACUGUGGGCAUGCUAUCCCAGCAAUGCCAGCACCUGCUGGAGCUCGGACACCCAGAGAGUGAGCAGAUCACCAAGCAGCAGUCCCACAUAGACCGUCUGUAUGUGUCCCUGAAGGACAUGGUGGAGCACAGAAAGACCAAGCUGGAGCAGCAGUAUUGGCUUUAUCAGCUCAACAAGGAGGUGGAGGAAUUGGAGAAAUGGAUCACUGAAUGUGAGGCGGUGGCAAGUUCUACCGAUCUCGGCCAUGACCUGGAGGAUGUUACGAUUCUCCAGGAGAAAUUCACCAAAUUUGCCUCGCAAACAAACAACAUUGGUCAGCGGCGGAUGGAGCAGGUGAACAAAAUGGUGAAUGAAAUGAUCGACUGCGGUCAUUCGGAUGCAGCCACCAUCGCCGAGUGGAAGGACGGACUGAACGAGUCCUGGGCAGACCUCCUGGAGCUGAUGGAGACCCGCAGACAGAUGCUGACAGCCUCCAAACAAUUACACAAGUUCUUCACUGACUGCAAAGAGGUUUUGGCUCAGAUCGCAGGGAAGGUAAAGCAGCUGCCAGAAGUGAGGGCGUGCCAAGCCAACAUCUCCAAUCCAGCCACCCUGCAGAGACUAAUGCACUCUUUUGAGCAUGCCCUUCAACUCUUAGUUACACAGGUACGACAGCUACAGGAGAAUGCCGCGCAGCUGCGUACUAUUUAUGCUGGUGAGAAGGCCGAGGCAAUUAUGCUGAAAGAGCACGAAGUGAUGGAAGCCUGGAAGGAACUGCUGAGCUCCUGUGAGGCCAGUCGUGUCCAGGUCACCUCAGUCACAGACAAAGUGCAGUUCUUCUCAGUGGUGCGUGAAAACCUCAUGUGGAUGGAAGGCAUUAUGGGCCAGAUCAGAUGGGACGAGCCCAGAGAUCUGACUGCUCUGGAGGUCAUGAAUAAGCAACACCACGAGCUGAAAGUCAAAAUAGAUGGCCGCAGCAAGACCAUUCAGCAGUGUGCAGAUCUCGGCAAGAUCCUAAUAGCUGCUGGGAACCCUGCAACAGAGGAGAUUAGAGAUAAAUUGGACAGUCUUUUGGCCAAACAAAAGGAUCUGGUUGAAAAAUGGGACAAACACCAGGAGAAGUUACAACGCAGACAUGAGAGGUUCCAGUUUGCCCAGGAGACCGUGAAGGCAGAAGCCUGGCUGAAAGGCAAGGAGCCUCUGAUCACCUCCAAGCAGCCAGAGGGAGGAGAAGCCCAGGCCCAAACUGAUGAGGUUGAGCAGCUCAUCCUUCGCCAUGAAGCCUUUCGCAAGGCUGCUGUAACCUGGAAAGAACGCUUCAGCUCUCUCCGCCAGCUUUCUGCAGCUGAGAAGAAAAAAGAGGAAGAGAAAAAGACCCCACUCUCCAGUCGAAGGAUGUUCCCAAUAUCAUGUCUGACUCCAUCCAGUCCUUCAUCCACUUCAAUGUUCAUGAGGCAGACGGUACAGGCCCAAAUAGAGUCCACACCCUUACAGACCAGUGUGGAACUGGGUGCCACCAAUGUAACCCAGAGAGUGUCCUCAACGCUUUCCAGCUACAACCCGAUCAUAAAUGGAUCAGGCCAUCACAGCCUGGAGCCACAGUGUAGUGGAAAGUUAGCAAGCUCCUCAUAUUUUGGGAUGAACCACCCGGCUAUUGGGGGUGGAAGUGACUCUGCUUUUUCAGCGUUGCCGUGCCAUGGUGGAGGCUCGGACACAUCAAAUUACCUUGGGAUAAACAAUCAAAUAACUGACAGUGCUGAGAGCUCUGGGUACUUUGGACUGUCUGCUGGCUGUGUGGGUGGUUCUGGCUACUCAAUGCAAAGCCAUCCAGGCAGUAGCAGGUUAGGAAGUUCAGGUAACCUGACUCAGGAGCAAGGUGGUGGAGGGAUGGGAAAUCCUGGGUUUCUUCCUCAGCAGAAUGUGGGAAGUUCUGCCUAUUUGAUGCAACAAAACGUGGGAGGUUCAGCUUACUUGACACAUCCACAAAAUAUGGGAAGUUCGGGGUACUUAACACAACCACAAAACAUAGGGAGUUCUGGGUACUUGGGACAGCAGCCCAAUUUGGGGAGUUCAGGAUAUCUUGCCUCGCAGCCUAAUUUAGGGAGUUCUGGAUUCUUAGCGCAGAAUUAUCAAAGCACUGGAGGAAUGGGUAGCUCAGGCUAUCUUGCACAAAACCAUUAUAGCAGUGGAAGUUUAGGCAGUUCUGGUUUCCUAGCACCAAGUGGUGGAAUCAUGGACCCAAAAAUGGCCUAUGCAUGGCAACACUUGAAAGCUGACUUCAUGCAACCCAGGAUCAAUCACAUCCACAAGGCUGUAAAUCCACUCUUAGAAGCCAGUCGAGUACAGCGGGAGCAGUAUGGCGAUAUCCCGAAGGCAGACAUGAUGGGGCCGGAGUCGGGACUGGAGCUCCUCCACGGCCGUCUCCAGAGGGAUCCCCGUGGCAGCCGCUCAGACCCUCAGAUGGACCAUCUGCGACGAGAGAGGGAGUACAAAUUGGGUAGACAGACUUCCAGUGAACAGGAGAUCCAAGCCAGGCUAAAUGAGCUACCGCUGAUUGUGCGUCAGGAGCGGUACCGAAGACGCCUGGAGCGACAGUCAUCCAGUGAGCAGGAGGGGAAUGGCAAGCAGAGACUUCAACGACAGGACUCGAGUGACCUGGAGGGCUCUGUUAAAGAGGGCUCAGACAAACGAUCAGGGGAUAAGAGAUCUACUAUGGCGGAGAUCGUGGAACAAGUCCAGGAGAGAGAAGCAGCACAUGCCAGAGGAGAGCCCUAUCGGCCUCCAAGCAGCCUCUCUGCACCGGUGACUCGUUUUGAUGGACGCCCUCGUGCCCGAGACCGACCCAAACCACGCAGGAGGCCCCGUCCAAAGGAGCCCGAAGAAAAUCGUCGCUCUCGCUCAGCUCCUGCUACCGGUGCCCCAACGACACCUCAGCCACCUUCACACACUGCACACAACGAAGGCUUCCUGUACCGCAAAAAGGCUACAACCUCUGAUCUUGAAGGUCAACAGAGGAGCCCCACCAGCAAAUCCUGGUUGAAUGUCUAUUGUGUGCUGAAAGAGGGCAAGCUGACCUUCUAUAAGGACGCCAGAAACCACAACACAACAUACAACGGAGAGCCUUCUGUUGACCUUUCCGAAUGCUCAUUCGAUCCUUCUUUGGGGUACAAGAAGAAGAAGAAUGUCUUCAUUCUUCAAGUCAACGACGGAAAUAACUUUGUAUUUCAUGCAAAAGACGAGGAGGAUCUGAAGGCUUGGACUUCCAGCAUCACUACCUGCAUAGCUGAGCACGAGGCCAUGGUCGUGUGGGAUAAGCCCGUCACCUCCGCCAUGGAUGGCGACUGCUCGGAGAGGAAAGAAAAGUCCGAGGGGGACGCGGACGCCAGGUCGGAGAGAUCGGAGAUGGUCGGCGAAGAGAGGUCUGAAAAGGAGAGGUCAGAGAAAGGGGACGGCUCCGACAAGUUAGACACGUCAGAAAUCGCUGACAAGUUGGAGGGCGGGGCGGGGGGCUCCAGCACAUCUGGGAGGAGCAAAUGAAGAUCUUGGGUUGAGUUUUACUGACAAUUGCUGUACGUGGUUGUAUGAAUGAGGAGCAUGUUUGCAGAGCCUCAGUCCAAGAGUUGAGGCACACCGAGGCCACAGUCCACGGACGAGACUAUUCGAACUGUGACUAACUCGUCUCGCCUCCCCUUCACCUGUGGCAGCGCAUCAGUGCUUGCAUUGCGCCACCUGCUGGUAAGUGGAGGCAACGAUGGAGGCUGUGGCCUCUAUUCUCUUGGAUCCAUCUUUCCGUAUGUUAAAAUGACUGAUGCCAUGUCUGUCUGUCUAAGGAAGUUCACAAUAAUGACUUAAAAAAAAAAAAAACUUUUGAAGCAAUAUACUUUUUUAUGUUCUUCUCUCUAAUAGUGAGAGAUGAAAGCAAACAAAACACAAAGUAGUUGCAAAUGUGAACCUGAAUUAUUUGAUAUGAUUUCCCACGCACAUGAGCUUACCCUGUCUUGCACCUUAGAAACGUCAAAAAAAAUAAAUAAAAAAAUACUCAAUCUUUAAAACUUGGAAUCCCACCACAUGGAAAUUAUAGAUUUGUAGCCCCUUUUCCACCAAACAUUGAUUACUUUUUUGUGUGUAAUCUUUGUCAUUUUUGUCGUUUGCGUUUCCACCAGCAAGCAUUCUCACCCCCAUAUUAGGGACAGGACGCAAAUUAGUCUUGUCCCAUUAAGAAAGUACAGCCGAUUAGGGAUGCCCGAGAGUAUUGGCCAAUACAGAUAUCGAUACAAUAUUAUAUAUGCAUGCAGUAUUCAUACAUAGUUGUAUUAUUGUGUUGUGUUGAAUGUUAGAAAAGGUUGAUCAAGGGAAAUUAGUCAAAAAGAGAAUAAUGGUAAAUAGGAAAAGCACAAACCUAUUUAUUAUUAACCUUCUGGAAUGGCCUAUGGUGUCUUUAAAUUGAAGUGGAGUGAUAUAUUUUUUUCUUUGGUCACACCAAUUGGCCACAAUAUUUCAUUAAGUUAAACUCAUGACACAGUUAAUGGUUAAGAUAGGGGAUGUAAUGAUUAUUGCUAUUAAAGAUUAACUGUGUUUUUUUUGGUGUUUUUUUUAGUAUUAAUGAAUUGGAAAUUUUCUAAUCAAGUAGUCAAACAAAUUGUCUCGUUUAGGUUUAUUUGAAAAGCUCAAGCAGUUCAAAAGGCACAGGUCACAUUCUUAGCAAGUAUGGAAGAAAUGCACGCUGAGGAAGGAGCGCUUUGCUCUUUUACAUUGAAUACAAGGUGGGAGAGGGGGAGUAGGCACAGUUUGGUGGGGGGAGAGCAUAUGACGCAACACCAGAGGAAAGUUUAAGACAAUGGGCAUCUGCUUUUCACAGAAUGUGCAUUUCACAGUAAUACUGCAGUCUGUAAUGGCAAACACAAGGAUACAUACAUUUUUUUUACAUCACAUUAUCUUUUUAUAUUAAAGCUAUUGUAAAACCGUUAUUGUUCACCUUAGUUUAAUACACUCACAGGAGAAGCAAGAUAGUGUUGCGAAUGGCUGGUUACCUAGCUUAAAUGCUAACAUGAAUAACAUGUACGCUUAUUGGGAACAUCUUACCCCCAUUAAGAAACUACAUACCCCAACAAAAUGUAUAUAAACACAUUGGGUAAUCUAUUUUUUUUUUUUACUAAAGGAAGCAAAUGAAACACAAAGCUAGCCUUUCGACGAUGUGCAUAACAUUCAGAAAGAUGUCUUAUCACACAAGGAAGAGAACAGGCAUUGGGACGCUUCACCCUUGCUCCCAGUGGUGUAUUAAUGUGUAUGAAUGUUUGGUGGCAAAUUGGCAGUCACGCUUCUGUCAGUCCACCCCAGGUCAGCUGUGGCUACAAAUGUAGCUUACCACCACUAAGAUGUGAAUGUGGAGUGAAUGAAUGAUGGGUUCUCAGUUCUCUAUGAUAGCCUUGAUUGUCCAGUCUAUAGAAAAGCGCUGUAUAAAUCUAAUCCAUUAUUAUUAUUAUGUUGGCCCUGUGAUGAGGUGGCGACUUGUCCAGGGUGUAUUGUACCCUGCCUUCCGCCCGAAUGCAGCUGAGAUAGGCUCCAGCAUCCCCCGUGACCCCGAACGGGACAAGUGGUAGAAAAUGGAUGGAUGGAUGUUUAUUUUAGAGCUGUCAAGUGAUUCAUUUUUUUAAUCAGAUUAUUAACACUCUAAACUUGUGAUUAAUCAUCAUUAAUCAGGGGUUAUCAUUUGCUUGCAUAGAUACAAUUUAAACAAAUGCUAUUUGCUAGUCAGAUUGUCAUACAGGAAUGCUUUUUAAAUGUUUUACAGAACUGCAAGUCAUUGAUUUGCUCAAAAUAAGUGUAGUAAAAAUUAAUUGCACAUUUUGGGAGUCUUUGCAGUUUGCAAUAAUCUUGCAAACAAGGUACAGUUACUAAUCAAUAAUGUGGCAAACGCACUCAUAAACAACUUAACAUAGUGCACCAUUUACUCUUCUUUAGUUUAAGCAGUUUUUAAAACAAGUUUUUGUACCUUUUCAGAUGACAAUCCUGAUCUCUUAUUUUAUUUGUUUAUUUUGGUUCAAUGCAACUCCAGCUCGUUGUGAUUACAUACAGAUGUCCAACGUUCUCCAGGAAGCAAAAUAAAUUCACAUUCAGUCUGUAGUUGCAACUUGAUGCUCUUGUUUGUGUAGCACAGUUGGUUUAUCCUUGCUGUAAUUGUGCCUCUCCAAAGUAUUGUACGACAGAUCGGCCGUGGUGAUACGAAUGACAUCUUCUUGCAGGACUUGGUCUUCACAGAUGUUAGAUGUCCUGCAUGCGGUGACUGCCCGUUUAGCAAAGGCAUGUGUUUAACUUAACUGUGCUACUUUUGUUGACAACAUUGAAUCAGCAGACUUUGCUAGCGUUGCGUUCUCUUCUGCUUCUUGUCGGUCACUAGCAUUCAUGCUAGCAUGUAGUUAGGAUGCUGACUGCUGCUUGCUUUCACCUCAGAGUCUACAAGACACAACAAAGUCUCCAAUAUCCCCGGGAAAAGUCACAAGAUUUGUCGCCAGUUGCUGUUUACAAAAUAAGUUUUCAAGAGGAAUUGACAACACCAUCUUCGAGUGCAUGUUUCGCUUUAAGAUGGUAUUUUAAACUUGAUGUGAGCCGAUGAGAAGAACGUUUGUAGCUGCAAUACCGACAAGUUACCUUAGUUUUAUCCAAAGUUCUGUUUUGAUCACAGACUGCGUCACAAAUGCGUGCGUUUUCUGGGUUAAGGCCCCGUUUACACUAAGCCGGAUAAGGUUAUCCAGGUAAAUCCCACCUAACCUUAUCCUUGUCCACACACAACAAUGCCACCGUUUAAGACCCCCUCCCCCCCUCCGUCCGCCGGCGCAACACAACGUAGUACGCAUGCGCGGAAAAUGCGCACGUCAUAGUCACAUCCAGUGUUGCUUUGUGUGCAAGUUCUUAAAUUAAACUUAUCUGAACAAUAUCCAGUGUUGUGGUAUUUCAAUGAACUGGAAUCCAGUGUGCUUUGGAGCCCUAUUGUAGUGAAUCACACCUGAGCCAUCAUAAAUUAAUAAAACCUUUAUUAGACACGUAAACAAUGUGAUAAAGAACAUUUUACAUCAAUCAAACUAGGGAUCUAGAUAUCUGGUCAGGACACUCCUCACUCUUUUGCCUUCACCUUCAUUGUCCAUUCAUUUUGGUGACUUUAUAUACUCUGGACCUAGGCGUUGAGUCCGCGACAUACAUGGUGGACAAUAACUGAUACAGUCUGCUUUGCCAGUCCAAAAGCAAUCGCCGUUUUCCGUAGUCUUCUCUCGAUGGCCAGGUAAUACAAAGCACACGCUACCUUUUUUAUCACAUCCACGGGAGCUCGCAUUCUCGUUGACACUCCUUUGACAAAUGGACAAAGUUUUUCGCUAAGUAGAAUCACAGCUGACAUUCGAAAGUUCUCUUGCUGUCUGAGAAGUGUUGUAUCCCAAAUAGCUGCAAUCGCUUUCUCUUAAGGUAUUCAUGUGUGAUUUCCACAAGCGUCUGUACAUGUAGAAUAAGGAGAAACACGGGCAUGUCUGGAUGACUCGCCUCCAUAUUUCCAGUGGUUACCUCCGAGUUACGAAACCGCUUUAUUAUGAAGCUGGCAAUGUUCUUUCUGACAUCACUUCCUGUGUGGGCGCAGUCUUUCUGGCGUCACUUCCUCUCCGAACUCAGUUUGUAAACCAUCAAUGAGUCCAUACAAAGCUAAGUGCCGGAGAUUCAAGAAAUACACAGCGCUUUUAGCCGUGUAAAAUUUGUCCGAGGAGGGGGACCUUAAAUGCUGGUUUAGUGUGGCUGAAACGGGGCUUAGGCUAAAUAAUUAUUAGUUUAAGGGGUUAAACGACUUAGUGUAGACAUGGCCUAAGCCUCAACCCGGAAGUGAUUAAUCAUCAUUCAUAUUUGAUAACGCGAUAAUGUAUUUGUAUUAAUCACAUGUGUUAACGCGUUAAGGUUGACACCCCUAGUUUAUUUCAUUUCAGUUCCGAAGAUGACUCAUUUAGUACAGAAAUAAAUAAAAUGCACCUGGGGAUAGGUUGAUUGGCAACACUAAAAUUGGCCCUAGUGUGUGAAUGUGAGUGUGAAUGCUGUGUUGGCCCUGCGAUGAGGUGGCGACUAGUCCAGGGUGUAUCCCGCCUUCCGCCCGAUUGUAGCUGAGAUAGGCUCCAGCGCCCCCCGCGACCCCGAAGGGAAUAAGCGGUAGAAAAUGGAUGGAUGGAUGGAUAUUUAGCCUCAUAGCAUUGAUGCUAAUAGCAAAUACCAAUCCUUCACCCUGAGUUUUGCGCAUUCAUGUCAAACAAGUGGUGUCUUCUAAGGUAAAAGGAAAAUCUAAGUGCCAAAGGGUGUAUAGCCAUCAAAAGGGAAUGUUACGAAGAGGUGGCUAUCGGAAAGCACAUAAACGUAAGUCAUUAUAAGCAUUAUUGGUUGUCAUAGUAAUAACACUCAUGUAUUAUCAGGUAUUCAAUCACUUGCUACUCAACAUAAAUAUAGCCAUAAUUUGAAUGUUGCUUUAUUUUGACGUAUCUCUUUGUACGAGCUAGCUAACACACCUCUAGCUCGUAAAGUACGAUGUAAGAUGAGGAACAAAUGUACUACGCUACAAUUUACUACACUUCAUGACUUAUUAGAUGACUAAUCUACUUUCAGAAUUUACAUUGGCUAUGUUUUGAAUGAGUAUUUUCUAAAUCGCUUGUCAUACGAGCGAGCUAACCGGGCUGUAGCUACAACAAAACUACCAUGUCAGACUAACAGUGAUCGGACUUUACAACAAUUUACUACAGUUAAUAAACAAUCAGACAAGUAAUCUACUUUUAGAAUUUACAUUAGCAAUGUUUAGAAUGUUGUUUUUAUUUGGAAAUAGCUCUUCUCACAAGUUGUAGCUAGUAAACUACGACAUCAGACUAGCAGCAAACAGACUUCACUACAAUUUACCGCAUUUAAUUUAUUUCAGAAUCUACAUUAUUCAUGUUUGGAAUAUUGAUUUUUUUAUUUUAAAAUCACUCAUCUGCUAAAAAUAUUUUUUCAUGGGGAUGCACGUAAAGGUCCGCCGGAGGAUUCGGAGGGGUGGGAGACAGCUACAUGACUCUAGAGCAGUGGUUCUUAACCUUGUUGGAGGUCAUAUGUGCAUUCACCGAACCCUUCUUUAGUGAAAAAUAAAAUGUUUUUUUGAAAUUCAAGACAAAGUUAUAGAGGUGGCGACUUGUCCAGGGUGUACCCCGCCUUCUGCCCGAUUGUAGUUGAGAUAGGCUCCAGCGCCCCCCGCGACCCCAAAGGGAAUAAGCGGUAGAAAAUGGAUGGAUGGAUGGAAGACAAGAAUAUAUGUUUUUGGUAACACUUUAGUAUGGGGAACAUAUUCUAAGUAACAGGAUUCAGGAUGCUUUAUUAAUUAUUAUUGUCCAUUCUUUAACAUGUACAAGACACAUAAGAACUGAAAUUACAUUUUCGGCACAGUCCCACUAAGAGCAGACAUACGUUACAGGGAGACAAGACGGGACCGCCAACGGAUCAGCCACUUACGGCGCUCCUUAAAAAGGUGGGAAAAAGGUGAUAUUAGGAAAGGGGGGAAGAGUAAAAAAUAUCAGUCAAAGGCUGGACCCUCGGGAGACUUAAUUUAGAGUUUUUUGGACACUAGGGGAACAUGUUCUAAGUAACAAAGACUUAAUUUAGAGUUAUUUGGUUAGGGUUAGGGUUAUAGGGUUAGGGCCAGGGUUAGAGGGUUAGAGUUAUAAUAAGGCCAUUCAUAAGUACUUAAUAAUGACUAGUUAAGAGCCAAUAUGUUACUAAUUUGCAUGUUAAUAAGCAACUAAUUAAUGGUGAAUAUGUUCCCCAUACUUAAGUGUUACCAUGUUUUUUUUACUGGUGCACAAAAUGAACCGUGCAUGAACAUCACCUUGUUCAAAGAACAAAACCAACACAGUGCAUAAACUCACAACAAAUUACACACCUGCAAAUUAGUGUGACUUCUGCUGUUGCCGUAUCCGUAAUACGUUGAUAGGGAGAUGUUUUGUGGGUGUGUCUUGACCUCCGCCGAACCCCUGAGCCCGACUCACCGAACCCCUAGGGUUCAAUCGAACCCAGGUUAAGAACCACUGCUCUAGAGCAUGGGAGAAUCAGGAUUCCACUUAAGCACACUGCAAUAAUUCAACAAAAAAUAAACAUAAUAACAAAUACAAAAUCAAUCAAUCAAUGUUUAUUUAUAUAGCCCUAAAUCACAAGUGUCUCAAAGGGCUGAACAAGCCACAACGACAUCCUCGGUACAAAGCCCACAAAAUAACACAAAAUAUUGGUGUUACUCCAAAGCAUGCAUCUAACAUCUAGGGGCAGCGUGGCUCAGAUGGUUGAGUGGCCAUCCAGCAACUUGAGGGUUCCUUGUUCGAUUCCAGCUUCCGCCAUCCUAGUCGCGGUCGUUGUGUCCUUGGGCAAGGCAUUCACCCACAUUGCUCUUUGUGCCAUGUAGACUAGUGAAUGUUUGGUGGUGGUCAGAGAGGCCGUAAGCGCAAAUUGGCAGUCAAUUUAGCUUACCACCAACAAUGUGUGAAUGUGGACUGAAUGAAUAAUGGGUCUUCAGUCACUGUAAAAAUGUUUUGAGUGUCUUGAAAAGUGCUAUAAAAAUCAAAUCCAUUAUUAUUAUCAUUACUAUUAAUGACACUCAGGUUUGAGUCACAAACUAAAAAAGACAACAAAAAAAUAGAGGUGAAGACAAUCUGGUGUCCCAUAUUUAUCGGUUAGUAAGUUGACAACCCUACCUACCAAAGUUUUGGAAACUUCUGGAAAAUAUAGUUGUUACUACCUGAAAUGUGGGUGAUCACUGGGUGAUUUUUUUUUUGGUGGAAACGUGCUUUUUUUUUUUUUCCAAGGAAAUAGAAACAUUUUGUGUGGUGGAAAAGUGGCUAAUGUACCAGAACGCUGGUGUUACCCACCUAGCUUUUUGGAUGUCAUUCAA